AUGCACGUCCUCAACUCGGCGCUGGCCGUCCUGGCCACGCUGCUCCCCGCCACCAUCCUCGCGCACAACAUCCAGCUGCCCGCCCACGGCCGCGAGUGCUUCCACGAGGAGCUGCACCGCGACGACAAGAUGACCGUCACCUUCCAGGUCGGCGACCGCGAGUUCGGCAGCGCGGGCAACCUCGACAUCGACUUCUGGAUCACCAACCCGCAGGGCAACUACGAGACCUACCAGAAGGCCGUCUCCAACGGCGACUACUCGUUCGACGCCAAGCAGGACGGCAAGUUUGUCUACUGCUUCGGCAACGAGGGCUGGGGCGCAAACACAAAGGAGGUCUCGUUCAACGUCCACGGCAUCGUCUAUGUCGCCGAGCACGAGAUGGACCGGGACCCGCUCGAGACGGAGGUCCGUCACCUCGCCGAGCUCAUCGCCUCCGUCAAGGACGAGCAGUCGUACAUUGUCGUCCGCGAGCGCACCCACCGCAACACGGCCGAGAGCACAAACAGCAGAGUCAAGUGGUGGAACAUCUUCGUCAUCGGCGUCGUCAUCGGCGAGUCCCUCUUCCAGGUCUGGUGGCUCCGGAGGUUCUUCGAGGUCAAGCGCGUGUUAUAA